AUGGCGACGCCAGCGCACUCGCGCCGUUACAGGGCCGGCGCGCGCCCGGUCGUCGCGCGGGCGGGGGGGGACCCGAACCUCGUGCUGGAGGUGCUGGCCAGCGCGGCAGCUGCGAGCGUCGUCGGCGGGGUGACGAUCUUCACGGCGCCCGACCGCGACGGCGAGAUCGAGGCCAUCCAGACCGUCCCGGGCGCGCUGCCGCUCGGUGCGGCCGUCCUCGCCGACGGCAUCGCCCACACCAUCCCUGGCUUGCACCCGCUCCUGGCGCUGGCUAGCGAGCCCGUCGGCGCCGCGGCCGGCGUGGCCUACAUGAUGAGCAUCCUGCUCAGCGCCCAGGCGAUCGACUCGGCCACGCUGGCGCCGAAGGGCACGCUGGCGAACGUGGAGACGGCCAAGGACAACAGCGCGGCGGUGCGCGUGCCGUUCAGGGACGUCGUCCCCACUGCGCUGUCGAUCAUUGACUGGGAGAACGAGGGCAGCUCCGGCAAGGGCUGGGACCCGUCCGAGGGCCUCCCGAAGGUGCCCAUCAACAGCGUCGCAAUCGUCAUCGGCGUGGGCGUCUUCAUCCUCGAGGCCGCCGCGCACGCCCCCGUCCUGACCUUCUUCAUGCCGCGCGUGCUGACCGUCGCGUGCUGGUACGCCGUCGUCGGCUACGUCCUGAGCUUGCGCGGGUCCGGGGGCGCCACCGCGGAGGCCCCGAAGCCCGCGCCCAAGGCAGAGGCGCCCCCCGCCCCCAAGGCGGAGGCACCCCCCGCCCCCAAGGCAGAGGCGAAGCCCGCCCCCAAGGCGGAGGCGAAGCCCGCGCCCAAGGCAGAGGCGAAGCCCGCCCCCAAGGCAGAGGCGAAGCCCGCGCCCAAGGCGGAGGCGCCCGCGCCGAAGAAGGAGGCGGCCGCGCCGAAGGUGGAGGCGGCUGCGGCGAAGAAGGAGAAGUCGGCGCCGAAGGCCGAGGCGUAA